AUGGCUGCCGCCACGUUGACCCCUGAGGCCCAGCAGCAAUCAACACGCAACCAGAUGCCUGCUGCUCCCCGCCAACUUCAACGCGACGAAGCAUCCGUCUUGUGCCCUGUCACCGCUCUCGCAUUCUACCGCUUUCGACAGAACGCUUGUUCAACAGAGAGCCCCUCCCUGUUUGUGCUUGCGGGGGAAGACGGCUGGCUCGCCGUCUACGGUGCCUUGGAAGGCGACGCUCGACUUGCACCAGGAUCUGACUCCCUGUCCGGCCGUCGCUGUUAUGGCCGGCUCCGCAUCUUUUCCGAGCAGCCUAUCCAAGGAUGCCGGGUGGGACGUCGAGAUGGUGAGGAUGGUGGCGACGAAGACGAUGCUGUUCUCGUCUGGGGCGGCCGGUCUGUGGCAAUUGUCGGCCGGGAGCACAUUGCCCAAAUCUUGGCAGCCACGGCUGGGGACAGAGUAGCAGACGAAGCCAGUCCAAGGCACCCCGUGGUGAACGAGGUCCUGGCACCAGACUGGAUUUACGACGGCCUUUUGCCGCGCCGCCGUGCCUCAAAGGGACUUGAUGGAAGGCAUGCAGGUGCGCUGGUCACGGCGCACAAUGAGAUACUGCCAUUGUGGGUGGAACAGAGCGGUUUGAUCCGCUUCGGCGCGCCCAUCUCACCAUCUCGACCAGUGCUAUACUCUGCCCAGCUGGCCUGGGCGGGCAGCGACAAGAGCACGGUCGGCAGUGAAGGAGACGAACGCCUGCUCGUUGUGGCAGGCACCGUGUUUGGCGAGAUCGUGGUCUGGACGUGUCAGCUUCCUACAACGGACAAUGCCCGCCAAACAGACCUUGGGAUUGACGUCCUCGACGUGUUUACGGGCCACGAGGGCUCCAUCUUUGAUGUCGUCGUGUCGCCGGAGCUACGCACGAGCGAUUUGGUGGGCCGCGGGGCAGAACCCGCGCCGCAAAGACGGGUCCGGUUGCUGGCAAGCUGCAGCGACGACCGCACAAUAUGUAUAUGGCCUUUGUACCUAGACAGCGGCAGCAAUGAGGCGGACGGCGGUGCAAAGGUGGUCGGUGCGCCCGCGACGAACAUGGCCCGUGAGACUGGUUUCCAGAAUACUUUCAAAGGGCUGGCCCGGCGGACCGAUGAGCCGCCCAACGGUGCAAACCCACAACCUCGGACGGCGGUCAAGAAGCAGUAUCUCCAAAGCACAGACCUUCCGGUACCAUCGACACCGUCUUCGUCGCCCGCGCUGGCUUCCGUCAUGGCACACGCUUCGCGCAUCUGGCAUGUGCGAUUUGGUGAAUUUUCGGCAGCGGCAGCUCAGGACGGCAACUUGCUUCUUUAUUCGUUUGGUGAAGACGCCACGGCUCAAGAAUGGCGGCUUGAAUUGGGUCUCAACCCGCGCAUAGAAGACAAGCCCAGCUUCAGCGGGAAAUUGGUGCAUUUACGCACCUUUUCAUCACAUGUUGGAAAGAACAUUUGGUCGGCGGCUGUCUUUCCCAAGGCAUGUCAUGGUGUGCGAUUGCCGCGAGGCCCUCUUAUUGCAACUGGCGGUUGCGAUGGAAAGAUAUGGCUCUUCGAAGGUCGCCAUAGCGAACCACAGCCUGUCGCAUCCCAAGGCACCCAACUCGCCACACUUCUGUCGGGCACCAUUUCUUCUUCAAAGAUUCCUUCACGGGUUGGCAGCGUAGACACAAAAGUGCAUCCUCAACCAUCACCGCCACCCCCUCCUCCUGCCACACAAGAAGAGGAAGGAGAAUCCGUGCCGAAAAAGAAGUCGAAAGCGAAGACGAUGAAGAUCCGCGAGGAGUUGUUUAAUAGCUAUGCUUUUUUGUCGGAUGAUCAGCUGCUAGCCGCCACGACUCAGGGAAGGCUUCUGCGCGGCGACCUCCGCUACACAAGCAGCGAAACAGCAAGGCUCGAGUGGAUCGAGCUGCCCGGCGUUUCGGAUGACACUACACUGUCAUUGAAAGACUACAACGUUGUUCGCAGCCCGCUAGGCGACGGUGGCAGCGGUGUGGCAACGAGUCCCGGUGCUGAUGGGCUCGCCAUUGUUGGAAACGCAACCGGCCACCUGUUUCUGUACUCGAGACGAGGCGGGCUGCAGAGACUUACUGCCACCCUCCCUGGAAAGGUGGACGAGAUCUUCUUCCUUCCGCAUACGGCGGACGAUAUAUCCGCCGUCAACGCUGUGGGCGGCUCCUUAUUUUAUCUUGGUGUCAUUGCGACAACUCUGUUCCGAGAUGAGGCUACCCUUCUGGAUUUGACGAUUGACGUGUCCAGCGGCGCACUGGUGUCCGAGAGCACGAGAUCGAUGAAGCUGCCCACCAAAGUUCCGGCUUCACCUGCGGCUAUGGUCAUCACAACUGCAAGCCGGUGCUUGGAGUACAUUGUGCUGGGUUCCCGAAAUGGACAACUGUGCCUGUACAAGCCAGUAGAGAGCGACGGCGGUAAUGCGGCCGCGACAUUUGUGUUGGCGACGCAGUUCCAGACACGGACCCGAGACGCGAUCCUCUCGAUUGUCCCACUCCCUCCACGACCUGGCCAGCCUCCCCUAUCGUCUGCCUCCUUUGUCGUGACAGCCCGCGACGGCAUGUACCGCAUCUGCACCAUCGUCGAAAGCUGCACCGGUAACCCCUCCAUAUGCCUGCAGCACGAGACAGCCACGCCGUUCGGCCCCAUUGUCCGGGAUGCUUGGUUCAUCCAAAGCGGAACGCCAGACGAGCCUCCCGAGCUUGUCGUGUGUGGCUUUCGAAGCACACAUUUCGUCGUCUGGAACGAAACGCGCCAGCAAGAGCUUGCAGCGGUCGACUGCGGGGGCACGCACCGCACCCAUACAUACCUCUAUGGGAGGGCCAACGGAAACAAGUCGACGACGAGCGCGGGUAGAAUACGUUUCGCAUUUACGCGUCAGUCCGAGCUGCACGUGUUUGCGCAAGAUGUAUGCGUCACCGUGCCGCUCAAGACCGGUGGCCACGGUCGAGAGAUUCGUUCUGUUCGUGCCAGCGCCAGCGGCAAGUAUAUCGCGACCGGCGGCGAGGACACCGUUGUUCGCAUAUGGAACAACCCACAGACGGGUGGUAACAGUGUAGCAACCUCAUCAUCGGCGAUGGAGAGACGUUGCCUUUCCGUGCUGAAACGACACAACACUGGCCUCCACAGCCUGGCCUGGCUCGGCGAUGACUGCCUGAUCAGCGCUGCCGGCUCCGAAGAACUCUUCAUCUGGCGGGUAUCGACAAUGGCCGACUCGUCAUACGACGGCUUGGCCGUACUUUGCGAAUCAUCGUAUCCCGACAGCACGGACGACAAGAUCCUGCGCAUCAUUGGCCUCGAUGCGAGUCUCGACCCAAGCGACAACGAUGGCAGCGCCAUGUUCAUCUCGGUCGCACUGUCCAACUCGGUCCUCAAGACGUACCGUUAUGCCGCCGCCAGCGGCUGGCAGCUGCUGUCCCAGGGCCACUACACAGGGGCCUGUCCGACACAGCUGCGCCACCUGUCGUUGCGGCGCGGAGGUGAUCUCGUGGUGCUGGCGGCGUUUGCCGAUGGACAUUUGACCGUGUGGAGAGCAGCUCCAGAGGCGCAGGAGGCGGCCGGAGGACACGAGUCUAUUCUAUACGACGACUACUUGCUCUUGUGUUCGACCAGGACGCAUCAAAGUGCAGUCAAGUCUCUUGACCUUGUCUCGACCGGCCAAGAUGAUACCGAAUCUCGGAGGGCCAUUUUUACCGGCGGCGACGACAACGCAAUAGCGGUCACGGUCCUUGGCGCAAUCGUCCAUGGCGACAACAGCGUCACCUACGCGUUUGACAAGACAUUCCGCGUGCCCAGUGCUCAUGCCGCCGCCGUGACCGGAGCCAAAAUUCUGAUCAACGAGGCGUGGGGGAAGACGGGCAAUUCCAGCUUCACAGCGGUUACCUGCAGCAACGACCAGAGGCUCAAAGCAUGGAGAGUUAUCAUGUCGCAUCCGGGGAGCACGAGUGCGGCGAGCACGGCCCGCAUACAGCUUCUGGACGACCGUUACAGCGCCAUUGCUGAUCCUGGUGACGUGGAAAGCAUUGAAGGUGAUGGAAGCGCAUCUGGCAGUAUUUCUGCUCUUGUCGUCGGCAUGGGCAUGGAGACAUGGAAUUGGAGUAUUUAUGACUAA